AUGGCGUCUAUGGACUCAACCCCUGAAGAACUGGUUCGUGAGGCCAGGGAUAUGCUGACUAAGCGUCUGAAUGUUGGACAGUUACCACGUGACAAGAGGGGUAUAUUUGGCAUGGUUGUGGACUUGUGCUCAGCCCUUAUCGGUUUAUUCCCUUUUCUGGGGCCCAUAAUUUAUAGUAAAAACCCGGAAAUCAUAAUGAAUUUAACGCUCGUAUUCACGGCUCUAUUGGUGGUAAUCAUGGCGUCAGUGGUUAUGGCGUCCGACGAGCCAACAGUUAUGGAAGUGGUUCGCGAGGCCAGGGAUCUGAUUGCCAACAGUCAGUUGGGACAGGUAUUGCGCGAGAAAAGGGGUCUCAUUGGGGCACUGGUACUAAUACUGGCCGUUGUGAUCAAUGUGGUGCCCGUUUUGGGACAAAUACUAUCGGUUGUGCUAAUUCUGCUAGUAUUCGUAGGCCUAUUGGUGGCGAUCGUGGCGUCGGUGGUGAUGGCAUCGGAAGACCCGAAGCCUGAAGAGGUGGUCCGUGCGGUGAGGGAUCUGAUUGGCAACAGCCCGGCCGGACAGAUAUUGCGUAAGGAGAGGGGUCUCAUUGGGGCACUGGUAACAAUACUGGCCGUUGUGAUCAAUGUGGUGCCCGUUUUGGGGCAAAUACUGUCUGCCGUAUUAAUUUUGGUCAGGGUCCUCCUGUUUGUGUUAAUAUAA